AUGAUGCCGGCGCACUUGUCGCGCGCCCGCGCCACGUCCCGCUUAUGGGCAAGCGACGAGGAACUCGCCAAGAAGGACGACGACCACCUCCCAGUCCGCCAGCACCAGCACCAGGGCCCUAAUGGACAAUGGCAGGCGGCCGUUCGAAUGCCCCGCCGCCGCUCCGUGGCGAGGCUGCUCGCCUACAUCGCCAUCACCCUCUUCCUCUUCUACGUCCUGUCGCAAGCUUUCACCUCAAGUCCGCACGGAGACAUCCAGGGCUUGCAUCGGUCAUCAACCUUGAACGGUCGGCCCCCUCCCGGACGAGGCUCGACAGGCACUGUCGGAGAAACGCACGAUGCGGCAUCAAGCGUUCAAAAGCCGAAGACAUAUAACGGCGCCGUCAAGUUGCCAAGCCUGGGUCAAUCCCUUCACGCCAUAGCAGGGACGGAGGGGAAACAGCCCAAGAAUCGCAAUGUCCUCUUCGCGGCCGCGAGCCUCAAGAGCGCAUCCGCACUUCUGCCGUUGGCUUGUCAGAUGGCCUUGGAGAGGCGGAAUUACGUUCACUUUGCGUUCAUGGGACGGAGCGUGGUGCCGCUGCAAGAGCUGGUCAAAAUCAACGGCAUUGACAACACAUGUCAGAUGAUCUUGCAUGACGCGAGGCCCGACCACGCCGUUGACUCGACAGAGCAGCGGAUGGCGCUGUGUUCCGCACGAGCCAUGUAUCAUAUCAACACGUACAUGCAUCCGCAGGCCAUUUUCAUCGACUCGACAUCCGCCGAGGAGUCGUACUUCCUGCGCGGACUCCGCGACCAGACACGGGGCACCGCAUCCGCCAUCAUAGAGCUCCCCGAGAGACCCGGGAUGCGUCUGGCCUGGAUCACCAAGCUGGACUCGGCGGCGCUAGCGGCCUGGGACAAGAUCACCAUUCACAUCCUCGUGCAAGCCCCGACGAGCGGUGCCGGGAACAUCAUGCGCCUGCUGACGUCGCUGUCGCAGGUGGACAUGGCCGCUAUGCCCGUGCCGCACUUGACGGUCGACCUCCCGCACAAGGCGGAGCCGCAAACCGAAAAGUUCCUCGCCGACUUUCGAUGGCCACCGCGGACAGGCGCCAACGCCCACCUUCCAAACAUGCUCUCCUUACAUCGCCGCAUCCCGCGCACGAAACUAUCUGCAGAGGAGAGUUCUGUGAGGUUCCUAGAGUCGUACUGGCCCAAGUCGAAAAGCCACUCCUACGUGCUGGUAUUGUCACCUCACACCGAGGUGACUCCCCAAUUCUUACACUAUCUCAAGUUUAGCAUCCUGCACUAUAGACACUCAAACAGUGUGGCGCUCACGAAUUCGGAUGCGCAGAUGAUGGGUCUCAGCUUAGCAACGCCGACCAAAUUGCUGGACGGGUCGUCACCAUUGACAGCGCCCGCUCCUGUAGAAGACGGAGGGUCUUCUUUCCUUUGGCAGGCACCUCUCAGUGACGCCAUGGUCAUCCCAGGAGACAAGUGGAUGGAACUGCACGGGUUCAUCUCACACAUCCUCGAACUGCAAGCUUUGUCCACAGAGUCGCCGCCUCUGCUGGCCCACAAGCAGAUCAGCAAGAAGUACCCAUCAUGGCUAGAGUAUGUGUUGCAACUCUCGCGCAUACGUGGAUACUACUGCAUGUACCCCGGGCAGGAGACGUCGAGGGUGGUGGUGGGCGUGCAUAAUGACCUCCCCGACGUGCCGGAAGAGUACAGCGAAGACGACGAAGCACGACGCGACGCCAUGGGAGAAGGCGUGGGUGAUGAGGCAACCGCCGUCUUCGAACCGCACUGGCAUGUGGACAUCCUACACACUUUGCCACACGGUGGCAACCUGCCAAAUUUGAGAAGCCUCUCCAUGCUUAGCUGGGACGGCAAGGGAUCCUCGGCGACAGCGUUCGACGACGAUGCCGCAGCUUACCGCGCGCGGUUCAUGACAGAGGUGGGCCAAUGCAAGGAUGAGCAGCUGGAACGGCAACCGCACGCCUUUGCGGAUGACUUAUUUUGCUACAUGUAA